CCCGGAUGACCCAUAGCGGAAGUCUCCGUCAAGAAGGCUUAGAAGAGUGUUAGCUAGGUAUGUUUUCCGGAGUAUCCCCGGUGUUUUACGGUAUUAACAUAAUCAGUCUGUGUUCUUCAGUUACUGCGUGCUAGAGAGUGCAAUCACAGUGGGAGUGACUGUUGUGGACGAACUACCUUUGUAGCAUUUUAGAGCAUAACCCCGCCUAUGAAGGGCGACUCGAAUGUCUCGAGGUAAAUACCACCGCAACUGACAGGAAGGGCAACGUAACAUGAGAGUACAAACCAUGUAUUCCCUUGGACCUUAUCUCUAGCUGCACUUCCGCGUUGUCGGCUACAAGUGGGUCAGCACCAACGACGUUAGAAAAGACUUGUUUUUAGAGAAGACAGCGAGGGGGGUAUAGUAACAUCAGGCUACUUUACAGCCCUUGGUUCGUCGCAGGGCAUGAAGAGGAAAACGAAAGUCAUGGGUGCAAGUCACAGCUAUGGUACUGCGAGUUCAAAGUCUGGCACAAGCUACGUUGUAGCACAGCAGGCAACCUCGGCUCAAGAGUUCUUCCCUGUUCCUCUGGAGAUCCUGGAGGAAAUCUUCCUAUGUGUUCCGGCCGACCAGGUGGUUCAUGUUUGUCGGUUGGUGUGCUCACAGUGGAAAGAAGUGGCUGACAGUGAAUCUUUAUGGAGAGUAAGAUGUAGAAGAGAAGGAUACAACCUCUGUGAUUCUUCCAAAACACCUGAAGACUGGAGGUUAUUUUACUUCUUAUGCAAGAAAAGAAGAAAUCUCCUCAAGAAUACAAGAGGAGAAGAAAACAUGGCAGGUUGGACAAUAAAGAAUGGUGGUGAUGGGUGGAACCUAGAGGACGUUAUGGUGCCACAUCCAAAUGAAGUAGUCAAGAAAAACUUUGUGACCUCUUAUGGAAUGUGCACAAAGGAGCAGCUAAUUGAUUUGGAGAAGGAAGGCUACAGCACAGCCUUUAUGGAUAACCUCCAACCACACAUCAAAAUAUCUGAUUGGUAUGCACCACGAUGGGAUUGUGGAUGUGAAUAUUCAAUCCUUGUGCAGUUGCUGGAUGCAAAGCAGAAGGUUAUCCAGUCCUAUGCUCCUGAUACUGUUUUCUUUGAUCAGUGGAAUGAUCAGGAGUGGAAUCGGAUGAUCCAUGUAUUCCGGGACUAUGGACCAGGAGUGAGAUACAUUCAUUUUAGGCAUGGUGGCAAGGACACACAGUUCUGGGCUGGAUGGUAUGGAAUACGUGUCACAGACAGCAGCGUUGAAAUAUGUCCAGCAGUGAACACGUAGCUUGUUGGAAUUUGUCCAGUUCUUCCAUCCUGCAUUUGCCUGCAAUUGCACAUUAUCUUCUUACAUCUCACUGACCAUCUAUUCAUGUUUCCAGAGCUAUAAUCUCUGUAUGUGCACAAGUUUUCCAGUGAAAAGCUAUUUUCUUUAAUGUUUCACACAGAACACCUUAAAUAACACCUUAAACUUGCUUUCUGUGAUUGUCAUUGUGAUGUCAAUACUGAAGAUUACAGAGUAUUGUUUAAUUUGACAGGCUAAGUACUAUUUCAUGUACAAAUACAUCUAAAAGUUUACCCAAAUUCAAAAUAAAAUGAUCACUACCUUGUAGCUGGAUUUCAGAUUUUCAUGAGCCCAUCCAUCCAUUCUCUUCCACUUCCUCUCUACUUUUCAGGUUUGGUUCCUCUCAACUUUUCAUGAGCCAAUAUUUAUCAACAUUAAAACAAAAAAUGUUUGGAAAAUUUUACUUUGUGUAAUGAUUUGUAAGAUGCAUUUGUAUAAUUUGAUUAAAUUAAACAUUUUGUGUUCUCCUGUAAUUUUUUUUUAUUUUAUCUGGAAAAUUUCGGGUAUUUGUGAGAACAGCUACUGCUUCAGACAUAAGAACCCCUCCAGUUUCAUUGAACAAAUAAUAUGCAAGUAUGAUUUAUAUUUGCAUUCUGUUGUUGAUGUAGGAUGAAUGAGUAUUCAGUGAUUUAUUGUGCACCUUGACUUGUUUGUCCGGAAGCCAGCAUGUGACUUAAUCCAUAUUUGCCUUACACAUACUUGCCUUUACUUUCCAUUUUGUAGUAUGUGAGAACUGGAUAUAAUUAUGUAAGCUUAAAUGUUAACACAUGCUUAAGAGGGAAACUUGAAAGCCAUAUACUAUAUAGCACUAUGUGAAAUUUGAAAACAAAAAUUAAAGUGUAUUGUUGUGCUUUA